AUGAUGUUACAUAACUGGGUGUGGAGGCAGGCUUAGCAUAAAAGGCUCAGCCAGAAGCCCAGCGGUUGGGACACCGUUGGACGGCGACCAUGGAGCUCAGCGUGCUCCUUCUCCUUGCUCUGCUCGCCGGACUCUGGGUCCUGCUGGCCAGAGGCCGCCCAAAGGCCCAUGGCCGCCUCCCACCUGGCCCCCGUCCGCUGCCCUUCCUGGGGAACCUUCUGCAGAUGGACAGAAAAGGCCUGCUCAAAUCCUUCCUGAGGUUCCAACAGACAUACGGGGACGUCUUCACAGUGUACCUGGGGCCAAGGCCAGUGGUCAUCAUAUGUGGGACAGAGGCCAUUCAGGAGGCCCUGGUGGACCAGGCCGAGGCCUUCUCUGGCCGAGCGAAGAUCGCCGUUGUUGACCCCAUUGUCCAAGGAUAUGGUGUUAUCUUUGCCAAUGGGGAACGUUGGAAGGCCCUUCGGCGAUUCUCUCUGGCCACCAUGAGGGACUUCGGGAUGGGAAAGCGGAGCGUGGAGGAGCGGAUUCAGGAGGAGGCUCAGUGUCUGGUGGAGGAGCUGCGGAAAUCCCAGGGAGCCCUCCAGGAUCCCGUCUUCUACUUCCACUCCAUCACCGCCAACAUCAUCUGCUCCAUAGUCUUUGGAAAACGCUUUGACUACAAAGAUCCUGAGUUCCUGAGGCUGCUGGACCUGAUCUUCCAAUCUUUCGUGCUCAUCAGCUCCCUGUCCAGCCAGCUGUUCGAGCUCUACCCCAGCUUCCUGAAGUACUUUCCUGGCUCUCACAGGCAAAUCUACAAAAACCUGCAGGAAAUCAACGUCUUCAUUGGCCGCAGUGUGGAGAAGCACCGUGAGACCCUCGACCCCAAUGCCCCCCGGGAUUUCAUUGACUGCUACCUGCUCCGCAUGGAAAAAGAUAAGUCCGACCCCCAAAGCCAGUUUGAUCAUCGGAACCUCAUCAUGUCUGUUCUGUCGCUCUUCUUUGCUGGCACGGAGACAACCAGCACCACGCUCCGUUACGGGUUCCUGCUCAUGCUCAAGUACCCGCACAUUGCAGAGAAAAUCCACAAGGAGAUUGACCAGGUGAUUGGCUCACAUCGCCCUCCAGCCCUGGAUGACAGAGCCCAAAUGCCAUACACGGACGCAGUCAUCCAUGAGAUUCAGAGAUUUUCGGACCUCAUCCCCAUGGGCGUGCCCCACAUGGUCACUAAAGACACUCAUUUCCGAGGGUACAUCCUCCCCAAGGGAAGCGUAUCUGUCUUGGAGAAGGCAUCGCCCGCACCGAAUUAUUCCUCUUCUUCACCACCAUACUCCAGAACUUCUCCGUGGCCACCCCCGUGGCCCCUGAGGACAUUGACCUUACUCCCCAGGAGAGUGGGGUGGGCAAAGUGCCCCCGAACUACCAGAUCCAGUUCCUGCCCCGCCAAAGAGGCUGAGGGAAGGCGAUCAAGGAUACCAGGGUCAUGUGUGUCCCCACCUCUGCAGAGAAUGGCCCCCGAACUCUCUCCGUGUCUUCCUGCCUCUGAUCAGGCUGUGCUGUGAGCCAGCAUCCCUCCCCUCCAUGGAUGCCACCUCCUUGGGAAAGUCCCAUCUGCAUCUCACCUCCUUCUGCCCUUCUGCAGCUCUUCUAAACUCAAGGAGGUGUUUCCUUUCAGCUAUUAAUAGAAUUCCAGGAGUGAUGUAUACAUAUAUACAUAAAUAUGUGUGUAUAUAUAUAUAUAUAUAUAUAUCUAAAUAAAUGAAGCAAAGAAUGAAAACUUG